AUGUCACUGUGGAUUGUGUGUGUGGUAUCGUAGUGUUGAAUCAGUCCUGAUUUUCCACAAUUUUCUAUUUAUAUUGAGGGUGAAACUAAGUUAUAGUCAUUAUUUCAACACCGCGUAGUAGUAAUAAUCUUAACAUAUUAAACAAAUACUAUGUUUUAAGUUAAAAAUGCUCUACUUGAGAUUUUUGACUACAACCAUUGUUGUUUCGCAGAUUACUUUCGUAUUUUCACAUGAUCAUCUUCUUGAAGGCAUUUAUUGUGGAAAAGAAAAUUGCUACGAAGUGCUGGGAGUGACAAGAGAAGCCACUAAAUAUGAAAUUGGUAAAAGUUACAGACAACUUGCUAAAAAAUAUCACCCGGACCUGCAUAGAGAUCCCGAUGACAAAAAGGUAGCAGAAGAGAAAUUCAAACAAAUCGCCACCGCUUACGAAAUACUCCGAGAUGAUGAAGAAAGAACUGAUUAUGAUUACAUGUUGGAUAACCCUCAAGAAUACUAUGCUCACUACUACAGGUACUACCGUCGUCGGAUGGCACCUAAAGUUGAUGUACGAAUUGUGUUAGCAGUGACUAUAUCAAUAAUAUCUAUUAUACAAUACUAUAGUGCCUGGUCAAAUUAUGACACAGCUAUAAAAUAUUUCAUGACAGUGCCAAAGUAUAGGAAUAAAGCUCUAGAAAUUGCAAAAGCUGAAUUAAACGAAAAUCAAGGAAGAAAUAGGAGAAACAAAGCACAGAUGAAAGAAGAACAAGAUAAAAUAAUAAGAAGAGUAAUAGAAGAGAACAUGGAUAUAAAAGGUGCUUAUGCGAAGCCUGAAAUCAUGAAUAUACUUUGGGUUCAGCUGAUAAUUCUUCCUUAUACCAUUUCAUACUAUAUUUACUGGUAUUUGAGAUGGUUUUGGAAAUUUACGAUAUUAAAACAUCCAUAUGGGGAAGAAGAAAAGCUUUAUUUAAUUAGAAAAUAUAUGAAAUUAGGACAACAUCAGUUUAAUGCGUUAGAAGAUGAGAAAAAAGAAGAGUUUUUAGAAGAAGAGUUGUGGAUCAAGGAGAAUUAUAACAGAUGGAAACAGAUCCAAGAUGAGAAUGCUAAGAAGGCUUUAGCUGAAAAUAACAAAUACAAACAAUAUAGAAGAUAUAUAAAGAACCAUGGAGUUGGUCGUAUGACAUUUGAUGACUCGUGAUACCAAAUGUGUUGUGAUUACUUAAUGAAAUCCUUGAAAUCUCAAUAUUUGUUAUUUGAUUGGGCUCAGAAGGAUUCUAUCAUGCUAUUGACAAAUUUAAAAUUUUAAUGUAUUAUAAUUAUUUAUUCACAAAAAUCAGAGUAAAUAAAAAUUACAUAUUUAUUACAGAAAUCCAUACCUUUUAUUUCUUUAUUUUUUUUUUAUAUCUAUUUGUCUCAACAUGUACUACAAUUAGUUACAUACAUUUUAUUCAUACACUCAUAGUUUACAUUCAUCACAAAUGGCAUUUUAUUAAGGCAUUCUAAUAAACACUGGAUGCUUUAUACAUACCAUCCGACAAGGCAAGUCGUCAUAGAAACACGCAACCACAUAUGUCUCAUAAAAAAUAUACAGAUCUUAACACAAGCUGAUGGUAACUUAAGAUUAACACUGAAUUUUUCAACAUCUACACGCAAAGACAAAUGUGAUUGCAGUCAUACACAUAUAUGUGAAAAUAAUUUCAAAAUACUAUUUACAAUAAACUGAAUGAAUACACAUACAUUUACAAGCUCUCAUAAUUCAACAUUAAAAUUAUUAAUUACUUACAAAUAGCUUGCAUUUGGCAGUGCAGUUGUGAUAUAUAGCUCCAAAAGUCACUCACAUUACAAAUAAAAAGAGCCAAUUUGGAAUGUAUUUUAGAUUAAAGUUUUGUUAGUUACAAAUUGUCCUAACGGCAAAUCAGAAGGUUACUUUAUAAAUUACAAAUAGAUUUUAAAAUUUAACUGUUAUAAAUCAAUAGUGGAAAAUGUCUGUAUUGAAUGAAUUGACGUGCUGAUUGUACUAUUACAAUCAUCAGGUACAGUCGUCGACAUCAAAUAUUUAUGAUGAUCUAUUUAAUAUAUAUAAUUUUAUUUAGUUCUAAAUACGGCACCAUUAUUAUUAGACAAGCUAUGUUCCUAUAUUAACAAAACUUAUUUAUCACUGUACUAAUCGUCUGAUUUUUAAUAUUUAUGAAUAGAUACAGCCAACAACACGCGAGGUUAUAA